GCAUCUGUCAGCCAUGGCGGCUGGCGCGCCCUCGACACAGAAGGCCCUCGAGGCCGUCGCGACGCCCGCGCAGACAGUGCACGCGAAGUAUAUGGAGGGCGGUGAGAGCAUCGAGGCUUGGGGGAGCAUCGUUCAGGUCUUGAAGUCCCAGCCGCCGCUUACCUGGAGGCCAUCGCCCCCAUCGGGCAUCCUCGAUCCAGAGCACUUGGUCAGCAGGCAGCCGCAGGUGAAGGUUGCGCUGGAGAAAGAGUUGAAGUGGAAUGUGGUGUCUGCCGAAGUGGUUCGAGCUUUCCCUGAAAUGAUCCCACUGGCGCAGAAGGCAUUGAACACGCGUGGCACCCAGGACAUCAGCGAGAUGGAAGAUUGGAUGGCGCAGUUCAGCACGUGCGAGUCGCGCGCCCGCGCUGGCGGCGACAUGUUCACGGGGAAGUUUAACAGGCAGCAGUUGGAGCUCCGCGACAUGCGGGCAGCAGCUUGCAAGGUGCUGCCCCCAGUUGGGUUCAUCAAGGACGGCGAGGCUCGCAUGAUCAAAGAGCCAGACUUGGAAGGGGAGCUCUUCACCGACCACCCUGAUGCCGCCAGUGCCUGCCACGUCUUCAUCUCCGAGCUAUCCAAGGCAACUGGUUGCGCCAUCGCCAACCCGCGGGCCCCAGCGGCUCGAGCUGCUUCUGUCGUCGAGCAGGGGCGCCCUGAGCUCGGCGCCUCGACUGCCCCGGCCAUCGCAGCGCUAGUGGAUGAGAAAUCUCCGCUGUUCCACUUGGCCAACGUGGGUUUCAAGCCGGGCGCUGCGAUCGGGAGCGAGAAGACGCCAGCCGACGGCAAGGUCAAACUGUUCAUGCUCGUGGCGAUUGACAUCGAGCUGGCGACGUUGCAGCCAACUGGCGUCGAGGGGGCCCUGCCUUACUUCGCCGUGCCCCUGGCGCACCGCAAGGAGAGUUGGUCGGCCGCUUCCAUGAAGCCGCAAUCGCCCAUGGACUUCUUGCCGUGGGUGCCUGGGGGGACUCUGCAGUGGAACGCCGGCUUUGCGAAGUCGCGCGCGACGAUGGCGCCGCCCACCCUGUCGGGCAAAGUCGCUGAGGAGAAGUCGCUCGAGUCGUUGCAGCUGUUCGUGAAUCCGAAUGCAGCCAGGGCGACGAAUAAGUUCAGCGCGGGGAACCUCGCGCUGGCCCCAUGCACCCGCGCAAUCAAAGAUCGCGCCGCUGACGAGCCGUGCCCUGGGACGCAUGUAGAUUGGGGCGCACUCAUCAAGGGGCCCGCCAAGGUGAGCUUCAGCUUGGCGCCGCUCGCAAUCCACAGCAAGCCCGCGGGCAACUUCGCGACGCCAUUUUGGUUCGCGGCGACCACUGUUGACGGCGAGGCCGCAAACGUGAGGAUCGGCGAGGAGAAGUCUGACAUCUCCGCGAUGAUUGACUGCCAGCUGGCGGCGCACGUCAAUAUGACAAUGCCAGUGAUGCGCAACAGCGUCGCGCCCCAACCAGGCGACAUGCUGCCCAAUUCGGGCGGUGCCGCCGUCCAGUUCCAGAAGAGGGCCACGCUGGGCAGGUCCCGCCACAGGUGCCCGACCAACCAGGUGCGAGAGGGGCCCGAUAAGGACCCCGGCAUCGAGUCCAAGCGCGGGAAAGUUACGGCCUACAGGGCCAUGGUGCAGACCAGGGCAAUGAAAGAGCUCCGCGAAGGGCCCAUGACUGCCACCGUGGACAUUACCUUGCCGCCUUUCAAGCCAUCCGCGGCGAAGAUCACCGCUGAGAUCAUUGGCAGUGGCGAGCUCAUUGCUGCGCAGCAGAGGCUUCAUGCGCCUGCAGAUCGCACUGGGGAGCUCAAGGUUUCUCUGGCGAGCUCGCUGUGUGAGAUGAUCAAGCAUCUGGCUGGACCGCUCUACAGCGAGUCAGCGACUGCGCUGUUUGAGCGCGUCAGCGAGACGCACUUCGACACGAACCAGCAGCUGAAGAUCUCGGGGGCCGUCGAAGAGGCGUUCUUGCCCUCGCGAACGGCGCCCAAACUUGCGCCCGCGGAGCAGCCGACGCGGCAGAAGAAGUCACAUGCAGCGCUGGAGUUUUUCACCAAGUCCGACUGGGAAGUCUUUGGCAGGCCCGACACGCCCUUCAAUGCAGUUGAGAAGCGGCCAGUUGACGAGGUGCUUCUCUACAGGGCAGGUCACAAGUCGAUGCGAUCGUUUGACGGCGUCGAGUUCGACCCUGGCAUCGCAGGGCUGCCCGUCAUCAAUCAUUGGCCUGACUCGCCGAACGCCUUGCCGGCCGCUGCGAAGAGCGCCGUGCGCCCCGACCCGACUGACCAGGCCGCCGACAUUCAUUUGCCAGCGUUUGCGUCUGUUCGCAAGGCCACCAGUUGCAGGGGCACGGAUGAGAGCAUUCGCGAGAAUAUCAAGGCAGCACCCACGCCGAGGCAAGCUCUUGCGAGCAUUACUUCGCCCACGAAGCACAUUGGCGGGCAUGCGUCAUCCAACGUCGCCGCCAACGUGGGCGCAUUUUUGCAGUCUGCACAGGCGCUCGGUCUGGGCCCAGCGCAGAUCGCCAUGAUGGCAUCUGUCGAUGCUGCGCUGGACUCCCUCGACGUCGUGGGAGCUCCGGGUCGCCGACCUGUAGAGAAUGCUGAUAGCGACGCUAAGGCGCAGGCCCUGCAGAUGGGGCAGGAGCGCAAGGCGUCGCCGGCAAAGGCCAAGGCGAAAGCGGCAGCAGCUAAGGAACUUGCGGAUGGCACGGCCGCGGCUUCCGAGGACACCGGCAAGAAAGGCCAGUUGCAGCCGACGACGAAGGGGCCGCCCAAGAGGCCUGCUGCUUGCAAGCCCUCGAAGCGCUGGUCUGUCAUCGCGCCGAAGAUGCCCGAGGCGGUCGAGGGUGUUACGAUCGAGAAGGACGUAGUCUUUGUUGGCGACAAGCGAGUAUCCCAAAAAGCGGCGCUGUCCCUGAUCGAUGCCCGCUGGCGCUCGACG